AUGGCCUUUGGUUUUCCGCUUUAUCAAAGGUGCAAUUCAUGGCGCCAUCUUAUUCUCGGUUUUCUUGCACGCUGUAUUCACAGCCCUGAUCGUCUAUCUGGAUACUUAUGUAUUCGACACUGUUGGGCUACCAAGCACUAUUGUAUGAUCUCGAGCAGUAUCUUCCAGGUUACAUUGCAACUAAACAUGACCCAGAUCCCUUCAUUGUCUAUUGUCGUGGGAUUGAUGCUUGUCUUCCGCAACCAAACCUCCUACAACCGGUUCUGGGAUGGGCGCAACGGGAUGAACUCGGUCAAUACCUGUGUGCGCAACCUUGUCCGCACAAUCGCAACGAAUAGUUACAAUUCCAAACGUGGACCGCCCACGGCUGCAGAGCGCGAGGACAUUGAGCGCACGAUUCGAAUCCUCAUGGCAAUCCCAUAUGCCGUGAAGAACCAUCUACGCGCUGAAUGGGGUGCUGCCUGGGUGUUUGGCGGCUCUGUAGAUGAGGACUUGAGUUCCAUGCAUGGAAGUACGCUUUACAACCCCGAUUACGCCAACUUGCUACCAGCGGGCUUGGUGGGACAUGAAGAUGAGGGCUUGGGCCUUCCUUUCCAGUUGACCUUUUUCAUUGAUGGAUUCAUCAAGCGCGGCGAAGAGAGAGGCUGGUUUCCUGCUCCGGGCGCUAGUCAGAUGCAGGCUCAGUUGAAUACGUUGACUGAUGCGUAUGGGAAAAUGGAGACAAUUAAGUUGACUCCCAUUCCGGUCGCUCAUUUAAUUCAUCAGAAGCAAGUCCUCGCUCUAUUCGGUUGCGUCCUCCCUUUUGCAAUGGUUGACGAAAUGGGAUGGUGGGCAAUUCCUAUUGUCAGCCUGGUCAUCUUCACUCUUUAUGGCAUCGAGGGAAUAGGAUCCCAACUAGAGGAUCCAUUCGGCUAUGACCGAAAUGACAUCAAGAUGGAUGCUAUUGCCGGCGACUCAAAGGUUGAGAUUGACGUCGUUCUAUCCGAGUGGCGGACACACUCUAAAGCUAUGGAUGCUUUGAGAAAUCAACCUGCUGGAGCGUACCAUGGAGACUUAUGCCUUACCCCCAAUCGCAACGAGGACGGUGCUGGCAGAGGAAAUGACAAGUAUGCACCACCAGACUUGUUCUUGAGACUUAGGUCAAACACAGGGAGACAGGCAUGA